AUGGUCUUCGAGGAAAUGUUCAUGGUGUUCGAGGAAAAAUGCUCCGGGCGCGAGAUAUGCGAGAGAGUUAUGGUGGCCGUGUUGCAUCCUCAGUGCUGGGAGAUGGAUCUCGGCAACGACGUCGAUAGGCAACGAUUCCCUCGGCCAACCACGAGUCAGAUCAGAGUGGCUGCCAGUGCUCAUUCCUCUAUCUUGGGUAAAUCAGACUUUGGAGGAAUUACAGAAACUGUAGAGACGGGAGUGCAGAUUUGGACAGACUGUGAGGUCAAGGAAAUUGGUGCAGCAUCAGAACAAAAGAGAAUCCUUAGAUACCCAAUCCCCAACACAGAUACCACCAGCAACACAGAAAUCAAAGUCACAAACGUCGAAACCCGGCCGCUGUCGAGCCUGAAAAACAUACCCUGCAGAAAAAACCAAUUCACUAACACCCCAAACAAGGAGAGUGCAGCCUGCACGAAAAGCUCUUCCCAAGCGCUGGCCAGCUUGAUGAGCCCAAGGACAAGGCACACCAAGUUGAUGUGCCUGCAAAAGGCCAAGCCUGUCCAAAACUGCGUUGAGGAUGGCGAAAAAAUAGCACGAGGCCGAUUUCAUCAUCCAUACCCUGAGUUCGUAAAGGGCUGUCUUCAAGUCAUCCCCGUACGAGAUAACCUCCUGGAUGUGCUUCAGCUGUGA